AUGCCGGGCCGCCUAAUCCCCAAUCUGAUUAGGAACGCAAGUUCACUACAUUCCUCCGUCACCUCAACUCCUAACCACUCCAACAACUCCUCAACCGUCUCCGUCAAUGAAAUCCCCGGACAUGCGAAGAAGCCAGCCCACAAGUCAGAGCGCGCACGAUCCCCCGAACGCCGUCUAUCCUUCUCCAUGGAUCACUUGAUUCACCCUCUCCGGGACCAUAGCAAAGAGAAGCGCCGCAGUUUGGGCCGCGCAGGACGUUCCAAGGAACGCUCCAGCCAUGAAGUGCACCCGCCAGCGGCGAAGCUGGAUGUCUUGAUCGAGUCACCGCCACUGGUUUGCUAUGGCCCACCUGCCAGCUCUACUGGCGCGCUGUUCUCUGGACGUUUGCGCAUCGGAGUCUCUGAAUUGACUGGCGGAGUUAUCUUGAGCCAGUUUGAUGUACGCCUCAUCUCCAAGACAAGCACCAAGAAGCCUGUCUCGAAUCACUGCUCCAACUGCGCUACUCGCACCGAAGAGUUGACCCAGUGGAACUUCAUCACCGAGGACCUUCACCUCAAUAGUGGGGACCACGACUUCCCUUUCAGCUACUUGUUCCCUGGCCACCUUCCUGCUUCUUGCAAUGGCGUGCUGGGCCAGGUCGAAUACUUCCUGCUGGCGCAUGCGCAAAGCGUCACUGGAGAGGAAUACAGCCUCAAGCUGCCUCUGGACAUUAGUCGUUCUCUGCUUCCCGGGCCAGACAAGUCCUCCAUCCGCAUCUUUCCUCCAACUAACCUCACUGGCCGCAUUGUGCUGCCUUCCGUCGUUUACCCCAUCGGACACUUCCCUGUAGAGAUGACCUUGAGCGGCGUGACCCGCUGGCGUCUUCGAAAGAUGAUGUGGCGCAUUGAGGAGCAACAGAAGAUUGUGUCCACUGCAUGCCAGAAGCACGCUCACAAGAUUGGUGGCGAGGGCAAAGGUGUUUUGCACCAGGAGACUCGCGUUAUCGGCCACAACGAGGAGAAAACCGGCUGGAAGACCGACUUUGACACCGCUGGCGGUGAGAUCACCAUGCAGUUCGAUGCGAACAUCAACCCGGCUGCCAACGCCGUCUGCGACAUGGAUGCCCCUGGCGGUUUGGAAGUCAAGCACAACCUUGUCAUCGAGCUUAUCGUGGCCGAGGAGUUCUGCCCUAAUGGCAAUACACGUCUAAUUACUCCUACUGGUGCCGCGCGCGUGCUUCGCAUGCAGUUCCACCUCCACGUUACCCAGCGUGGUGGUCUUGGCAUUAGUUGGGAUGAGGAGAUGCCUCCAAUCUAUGAGGACGUCCCGGCCAGCCCUCCCUCUUACACCAAGCCCUCUGGCGCCCAUAGUUUCAUUGAGGACUACAACGGCUCUCCUCUCCCUGACUACGCAGACUUGGAGCGCAUAGACUCCUUGCGAUUGGACAGCAGUUCUACUCGCUCUUCCACCCUCUCCUCCAAUCGAUCUACUCAUGGGUCUACGCACACCCGAUUGCCGCGCUUUACCACCGAAGAUCUCGUCACUGGGGAAUCGCCUGCUCCCUCCCCUAUUCCCUCGCGCGUCCCUUCUCGCGCCCCUUCGAUUGACUCUUCCCGUCAAUAA